UGUAAGAUUUAGUGAUAAAACAUUAAACCGAAUAGUAGAAUCAUAUCCCAAUCUGAAGUAUCUCAACUUGGGAGGGGAUGAUGGAGAUAGAUUAAUAACUAAUAAAGGUCUACAUGCAAUCGCAAAUUCAUGCCAUAAAUUAGAAUAUCUGAGUAUUUCUAGUCGCAAAGAAUUUUCUGAAAUAACAAUUUGGAAUGUUAUUCAUUCUUAUCUGAAGCUCCAAGAGUUCGAUAUUUAUGGAUGUAAAAUUUCCUAUACAACUAUCGAGAAAAUUGGAUUAUAUCUUAAAAUAAAAUAUAUUAAUUCAGGUACCGCCACCCAAUAUUUGGAAAAAAUUAGCCAGAGUAAGAGGAGUGUCAAAGAUGCUAGUAUGUUAAUACAGAGAUGUCUCAACAUAGAGUAUCUUGACUUUAGUGUGACUAUGGCUUUGUGGAAUGAUGAAUUGAUUAUAGCCAUCAUCAAAGGAUCUCCAAAUUUAAGACACUUAGAGAUUGGUCAUAAUGAUAUUGGCGAUGAGGUUACUGAAGUGCUGGCCUAUUCUUGUUAUAAAUUAGAAUAUCUCAAUCUGGGUGGCUGUGUUUUUGUUAGUGAAGCAUCAAUUUGUAAUGUUAUACGUUCCUGUCUAAAGCUUCAACAUCUCAACCUUAGUUACUGUAAUAUUACCAGUAUGACUAUCAGAAAAAUUACUCGCUUAUCUCUCAAUUUAAAAUUUCUAGAUUUGGAUGGAUGUGAAAAUAUUAGCAAAAAAGUUAUGGAUUAG